AAUGACUAAGUUGCAAAUUUUGUAGUCAAGUCAACAAAAAAUGUAUCCACACCAAUGUAUUAUGUAUAUAUCAUAACAUGUUCUAAUCACUCAGUUCCAAAGCAGAAGACAAAUACGAAGAAAAACUUUGUUUGUUUCCAAUCACAGAAACAAAACAAGCAAAAAGUUUCUGUUUGUUUCAAUUAAGGAAGAAUGAAGCAAAAAAUAGUUAUAAAGUUGCAAAUGGACUGUGACAAAUGCAGAAACAAAGCCCUCAAAACUGCUGCUGAGGUCAAAGGUGUGACAUCAGUUUCAUUGGAAGGAGAUGAUAAAGAUAAGGUAUCUGUUACCGGUGAUAACGUAAACACAAUUUGCUUAGCCAACCAGCUAAAGAAGAAAUUCAAAAAUGUCACGAUUCUAAGUGUGGAAGAAGUGAAAAAGAAAACAGAAGCAGAAAAGAAAAAGGAGGAAGAAAAGAAAAAAGAAGAAGAAAAGAAAAAGAUGAUGGAAGCAUGUCGUGCCGUUUUGCAUGGUUCUUGCAUCAAGUGUCAUAGCAAUAGUUGUAAUGGUAAGUGUUCAUGCACAAAAUGUUCAAGUCCAAAGUGUGAUGGAAAAUUUUGUGUCACUAUUUGCUUCAAGUGUGAGAAUCCAAAAAGUUGUUGUGAGUGUAAGCCAAGUUGCUCUUGUGACCACAAAACGUGUGAUGGUGGUUGCAAAGCUAAGAAGCUUCCUUCACCAUGCCCUCAACAAUGUCCUCCAUGGUGCACAUGUCCUAAGUGCUGUGCUCAAUAUCAAUAUCAACCUUGUUACAACCCGUAUCCACCUUAUUGCACGGUUGCUUACGAGCCAUGCCCCGAUAAUUGCUCCAUCAUGUGAUUCAUAUCUACAUAUUUGAUUCUCUACGACUAUGAUACGGUAUUACGGUAAUAAAGAUUAUUAAAUUUUUAGAGAUAAAUUUUAUUUCUUAAAAUUCAAUAGUCUCUAUAGAUUGAAUACCGUGUCUCAUUUGCAGAGCAUCCUUAAACCAUAUCACAAGUAAGGACUAUGGCUUAAAUAAAAAUUGCAAGCAUUGUCUCAUUAUAAGAUAUUUGUAUACUUGUAUACAAUAAUCUUAUAAAAAAAAUAGUGACGAGAUUAUGAGAUGAAAAAAUAUGAAAUUUAUUUAUCUAAUUCUAUCAUUCUGUGAUUAAAGAAUUAUUGAUGAAUUUCAUUUUUGAAUCUCAAAUUUUGGUUACUAAUUUUAUUUUCCGUCCUACCUAGACGAUUAAGGAAGGUUUAUUUGGUUUGCCUGUAUUCAUUUAUCGUGUAUAUUUCUGAAUAUGCUUUGUCAUUUUAUUUCUGUUUGACCUAGAUUUAAUUGUGUAUCUUUCAUAAUCUCCCUCGUAUCAAUAAUAAGAAUAAACUUUGUUUUCAUGCAAUUA